AUGUUCUCUUCAAACGACAACCUCUACGAACGCUACGAGCCUAAUCGCUAUGUAGCAAUAUCCUGCCUCGUUUUCUUUGUAGCACUGACGCUGUGGCAUUACAUGAAAUACCGCAUAUCACCUCACGAUUUCGGCAGUGAAAUACACCGAGGCGGACUCGUGGAAGUAGUAGCAUUCUCUAGCCGACUCAUCUCCAUCCACUAUCCCGACAACGAAGUAUCAUACAUCUUGCAAAGAGCCCUGAUGCUCUAUGCGCCGCUGCACUUUACGACGGCGUUGUAUUGCUUUUUCAAGGGUUUAAUGUAUGGCUCUGGAUAUUCGAAUCUGUCGUUGACGUGGUAUGUUCGACAGACGGCUCUGCUUAUUAUAAGUAACUAUGUUUGCUUUCUUUUCCAUGUCUGUGGUCUUGGGAUCUUAUACCUUGGCCCGGAAUCGACAAUGGAUUCGGGGAAGUUUCUCAUUUGCACUGGCCUGGCCAUUCAAAUUGCUGCGCUUCUCAUCUUUCUACUCUGCAUUGCUGUGUUCAACUAUCGAAUUGUCCGCCGUGGUCUGUUGGGAAGGACUAACCCGCAUGUUCGUCUCUUACGUAUGACUGUCAUGGUAUACGUCUUCACGUGUUACAUGCUCGUACGAAACUUCUUUCGGGUCUUGGAGAUGUUUGAUGGAGUUAAUGGAUAUCUGGUUUCGCAUGAGUGGACGCUGUAUGUAUUUGAUAUCUCGGUCAUGGCAAUUAUUAUGUUGUCUACGUUUGGAUGGUACAAGGAGGAUUUGAGGAUGGAGAAGUUCAAUAGUAAUGUGUGCAUAGGCUGCCACAAUAUCGUCAUCACGAGUUUGCCGACUAACGAGUAUGGAACGAACAACGCAGUGAAUGUGUUGACUAAUCUUACCCGCACUUUUGAGUCGAUCUAUCUCAGCCUCAUGGUGGGCAUUGGCGGCGGUGUCCCGCGUCCCAACUUUGACAUUCGUUUGGGCGAUAUAAUUGUCGGCACACGGGUGGUGCAGCAUGAUCUCGGCAAGAUUGCUGAAAGUGGACAAAUCCAACAUAUUGCAGUGCCGAGGACUUUGGCGCAUCUGAUUGGUAAAGCCUUAUCGCUCUUACAAGCGGAGCAUCAACCGCAUAGCAGCCGGAUACCAUUCAUAUUGGAAGAAAAGUUCAGAGAUCAUCCCGUUUACGCCCAUCCAUCUACAGCAGACCGUCUCUUCUCUUCAGAAUAUCCACACAACUCUCAAGCAUCAACUUGUGAUGAAUGUAGCCCUUCAGCUCUAGUACAAAGAAGCGAGCGGAGUACGAGGAACCCCUACAUCCACUACGGUACUAUCGCCUCAGGCAAUCAGGUCAUGAAAAGCUCGGCAGUUCGCGAUACGGUAGCCCAGGCAGUCGAUGCCAUUUGCUUCGAAAUGGAAGCCGCCGGCCUGAGUGAUAUUUGUCCCUGUCUGUCGAUACGGGGGAUUUGUGACUAUUCCGACUCCCAUAAGAGCAAGGAAUGGCAGGAAUAUGCCGCUGCUACCGCUGCCGCAUUUGCAAGGGAGUUUCUGGAAGAGCUUCCUCCAACAGAAGAAGCACUUUCGAGGACACCAGAGAGUGUUUGGAAGCAGGAAUAUUGGCUCCAGAACGAAAAGUACAACAGUUGUUUGCGAGAUCUGCGAGAAACUGAUCCUCGUGACGAUAAGACUCGUAUCGAAGAAACAAAAGGUGGACUGCUCAAAGAUGCGUACCGUUGGAUUCUUGAAAACGACCAGUUUCAAGAAUGGAAUAAUGCUUCACAGAGUCAGCUUCUUUGGAUCAAAGGAGACCCUGGCAAAGGCAAGACAAUGUUAUUAUGCGGGCUCAUCAAUGAGCUUGAGAAAGAACACGGAAGAGUCUUGUCCUAUUUCUUCUGCCAAGCCACUGAAGCACGAUUGAGCAAUGCAACAGCUGUGCUCCGUGGUUUGAUCUAUCUUCUUGUUGUCCAACGACCUCCGCUCUUCUCCUACAUCGAGGAGAAGUAUGAUCAUGCUGCCAAGCAGCUCUUUGAGGAUGGCAAUGCAUGGCAGGCUCUUUCCAAGAUCUUCAUCGCAAUGAUUGAGGACCCAAUACUAGAUGGUGCCCUCCUGAUCGUCGAUGCCCUUGAUGAGUGUAUCGCGAACCAAGAGAAGCUUCUUGAAUUGAUCGUCAAGUCUAGCAGUGUCAAAUGGAUCGUGACAAGCCGCAACUGGCCGGAAAUCGAACAGUGGUUAGAUCGCUCCACGCAGAACAUCAGACUCCAUCUCGAGUUAAAUCAACAUUCGGUUUGCAAGGCCGUUGAGGCAUUCAUCGAAUACAAGGUAGAACAAUUGGCCGAAAGAAAGCAAUACGACGAAGAGCUCAAAAGCAAUGUCAAGAGUUAUUUAGCUGCAAACGCUGAUGGCACGUUUCUGUGGGUCGCUUUGGUUUGUCAAGGUCUUGCAGAUAGCAAGGUGAUUCGCAAACGACAUACCCGCCUCAGUUUGGAAUCAUUUCCGAAGGGACUUGACCCACUGUACGGAAGAAUGAUGGAGUAUAUCUCUUCGUCAAAUGAUGCAGAGAUAUAUACAGAGAUACUGGCUCUGGCUUCUGUGGUCUACAGACCAGUUACCUUGUCUGAGUUGAAAACUCUCCUCGGAUCGCAGUAUGAGGAUGAGUAUGAUGAGUUGCCACAAAUCAUUGGUGGAUGUGGUUCGUUCCUUACACUCCGGGGUGAUGCCAUUUAUUUCCUGCAUCAGUCGGCCAAGGACUUCCUGCUCAACAAGGCAUCAGACCAAAUUCUACCCUCAGGGCUUGCAUAUCAGCAUGAACUUAUCUUCAAAAGAUCGUUGCAGGCACUAUCAGAGACUCUGAAACGUGACCUAUGCGAACUCGACCAUCCAGGGUUCUACAUCGACGACAUCGAGCCGGAUUACCUUGAGCCACUGGAUCCCAUUCGGUACUCUUGCGUUCAUUGGGUGGAUCAUAUCCAUGACUCUGAGCCCACCAGGCUCAAUAAUCAUCUUGACAACGGCGGCACAAUUCACGUAUUCAUCCAGAAGAAGUAUUUAUACUGGCUAGAAUCCCUCAGCCUCUUGAAAAGCACAGUAGAGGGAGUCAAAGCCAUAUACAAGCUUGAGGAUCUUGCUACUAGACUGAAGGCACCAGAGCCGGUACUGAAACUGCUCCAAGAUUCACGACGUUUUAUUCUCAGCCAGAAGCGACCGAUCGAGUUCGCCCCAUUGCAAGCCUAUGUCUCGGCGCUAGUCUUUAGUCCAGAACAUAGCCUCAUUCGAAAGCUGUUCAAGCAUGAAGAGCCGGACUGGAUAAGUUUGAAGCCAAAGAUGGACAAGAACUGGAAUAAUUGCCUACAAACCUUGGAGGGCCAUCACCUUUCGGUAGAAUCAGUCGCCCUCUCACCGGAUAAUCAGCUUAUUGCAUCGUGCAGUUGCGAUACGACUGUUAGAAUAUGGGAUAUAACAACAGGCCUAUUGCGACAAAGUCUUGAGGAUCUUGGUAGUGAAAUCUAUUCUAUCGCUUUCUCACAAGAUGGACAAAGCCUUGCAGUAGCUUCGAACACGAUUGAGAUAUGGAACACAAAAGCAGAACUAUGUCUGCAGACCCUAGAGGGCCAUAAUGAACGCGUGAACUCAGUGGCUUACUCGCCCAAUGGCCAGUACCUUGCAUCGGGAUCUUCUGAUCGGACCAUUAAGAUCUGGUGUUCAAAAACGGGAAAGUGUCUGAAGACCUUUGAAGACCACUCUGAUGAAUUGCAAUGUUCAGUGGCCUUCUCACCUGAUAGCCGGCAUCUUGUGUCAGGAUCGAUCGAUAAUGCAGUUAAAAUCUGGGAUAUGAAAGCAUUCUCAUGUCUACAAACGCUGCGGGGACACGAUGAUGUAGUAAAGUCAGCGAUCUUCUCGCCAGAUGGUGGGCGUCUUGCGUCACUCUCGGCGGAUGACAUGAUCAAGAUCUGGGAUAUAAAAUCUUUCUCAUGUCUACGGACGCUACUUGGCCACGAUGAUGUAGUAACGUCAGUGGCCUUCUCUACAGACGGUAAGCGUCUUGCUUGCGCUGAUACCGCCUCCGAGAUAAAGCUCUUCGAUACGGAAACCUUCGCAAUCCUACAGACUCUGAAGGGCCCCGGAAGCUCAUUCACGUCGGUGGCCUUCACAGCUGAUGGCCAGCAUCUUGUAUCAGGCUCAGACGAUGGUUUAGUCAAGAUCUGGGAUACAUCAAUCAAGGUGGACCCGUUAACGAUUGAGGAUCAUGAGCAGGAAGUGACCUCUGUCGCCAUUUCUGCAGAUGGCCUGCGAGUUGCGUCAGGAUCCGGUGAUACCACUCAAGCGCUUAGCGUCAUGCUCAAGUGA